AUGGAUUCAUUUUUUGGAUUUAAUACCACUCUACCGGUGGAGAACGAUGACGGCGAUGAUGAGUUUGGCAGAAUAUGUCCUCAGGCAGGCACAGUCGGAUUGCGUUCACCGCUGCAACGGCGAUGUAAAGAAGACAUGUCGGACGAGGAAGAAUAUGACGCCCUGAAUGAUGAAACGUUCGGUUCAGCGGACAACGGUGAUUGGGAAGACAUUCACGAAAACCUUUUGCGGCUCUACGAUACCAACGAUGAGAGCGGUCGCAGCAGUGUCGUUGCGCAGAGUAUUGGGGAUGAGUUUGCAAGCAAGUUACGGCUAGAUCCGAGCAUAUGGGGAAGUCCAAUGAAGGUGCAACCUUCAGUUCAACAGCAGUACUCUGAUCAUCCAUCGAACGUCCAGCAACCGGUGCAAUCGUUUCGCCAAUCAACAACUACGCAACCGGUGAAGCCUCGGGAACAUUUUACACCGACUAAGGAUUUUAAGCCGAUUCCAUCCAUGCCACUGAUCAAUCCAUCGGUACCUCCACCACUGGGAGUUACACCCGCGCUGAUGACCGUACCUCCACCGCAUCUAUUGGCAGCGAGAAACUGUGCCCUGUUUCCUCCGGGACCGCCACCACCACCAGGAGCCCCUCUGAUGAACCAUCCGAAUCGUCUUCCGAUUGGCAUAUUGCCGUUGAACAUGUUAGCUGCCCGACCGUAUUCGACGCCAAUCAACAAUCUAGCAAUGCAUCCUGCUUUUCCACCGCGCUGUCCAUACGGUUCGCCGCUGCAAGGUUUUUUGGGUCCACCAGUGACGAUUGGUCCCCCGCUAACUCAACGCCAUCCGGGGCCUCCUGGGCCAUUUCUGAUGCACCGUAGCCCAACUCCCCUGCAGAACAAUCAGUUCAACCAGCGGCUAGUGCAGGAAAUACAACAGAAUCAUCCAAUGCUAGCGUUUAACAGACAGGUUGCCAACUCCUUCAACGCUUGCAAUAAUGGAGUAAUGAAAACUGUGCCUCAAAACCAACCGAGGCCAGUGUUCGUGAAGCAAAUGUAUUAUCAGCAACAGCAGCAACAGCAACGUUCGCGGCUAUGCAAUGGUAUUCCGGACGGUGGUACUCCACCGAAACCGCACGAUGAAUACGCAAACAUGAUGAGCACAAGGGAUAAGCAGUGGUUAAUCGGGAUACAGCUAACGCAACUCAACUCCGAUUUACCAUAUUUGAACGAUUACUACUUUACCGUGUACAAGCAAAGGCUGGCAGCGGCGAAGGGCGAGAGUGAAAAUCGUAUCUAUAAGGAAAACCAACUGAGCCAUCCAUUUACCCAGCCGAAGGAGCAUGCCCAGCUGCUCCUGCUUUCAAUGCUAACGAAGAAUGUAAAGGGUGGCCUCUUGAACUUAAACCGCGAGCGCCGAAGUUCCGAAUCCAAGCCGGCGAGCGGUACCGAUGGCAAAGAGGGCGGUCGUGCGUAUACACCGUUUCAGUUUGAAAAGUCGCUCGGAAAGCUGCAGUGUGGAAGUGUAACGGCGCCGAGGAAGCUUAUCGAUGCCGAUGUUAUGGGAAAUGAUCAACUGAACGGAAAUGGCGUAUCGGCGGCGGAACAGUCUCAGACACAGCGCAAGGCUCGCCAUGUGCUGCUGCUAGUUGAAACAUUGUACAGGCUUGUGCUCCAGCUGGAGGAUAAGGUUAAUCCGGCUGCUAUAGCCGCUGCCAGUUUGUUGCGGGAAAAGGAAUUACGCGAACGUGACAUGCUGUGCGGUGCUGCAGGUACUGACGACCGUUCCCAUGGUGUUCAGUUAGGUGCGUUGAGCGGAACUGCUGCGAAGUGUAACGGGAUGCUAGCCGAGUUCGAAGAAUCAUUCGAGGACCUGUCGGCUUCCCUGAUAGGGCAGCUUUCGCAAGACAAAAUUACAUCCAUACUCGGUGUACGUAAGGGCAGAAUACUUCUUCGGCGUUCGUUGGCAGUUCUUCAUGAUCAUCCGUCUCGCUGGAUGCUGUGGGGCAUGAUCUUUACAGCAUUACCUUGCCUGGGCAAGAGAGAUCGAGAUGAUGCCGAGGGUCUGCUGUUGGCACUGUUCAGCGAGUUUGAGCGUCAGCUUCGGUACGGAACGAUGAAAGAUUUGCUGUCGGUGGCGAAGACGAUCGGCAGCUCGCGCAAAGUUAUGCAAUGCAUUGUCAGCAGUAAGUUUCUGCUGUCCUGCAUCAUAACCAUAAUUUUUCAAAUGGAAAUGUUUUGCGGCAAAAAUCCGGCUACGCUUUUAACCGCUUCCGAGGAUGACUGGUGGGUAUCGUUCCUGGAGGACGUGAACGAGGUUGUAAAGGCUAAGGUUGGAUCAACGCCCAGCAGCAGCAGCAUUGCGAUAAAUCCGGAUAACAAUAUCGUUCGCACGCUACGGGUUCAUUUUGCACGUUUCGGCACACGUGUUGACGGGACGGAUCUAAUGAACUUCAUCACUGAUAAUGGUAACCACCAACAGCGAUCGGUUGCUGCCAGGAAACAAUCAUUACAAGAAACAAACAUUACCAAAUGA